AUGGGGAUCUCCGGUCUGCUGCAGUUCAUCAAAGAUGCAUCAGAACCGGCCAAUGUCAAAAAAUACCGAGGACAGACGGUGGCCGUCGAUACUUACUGCUGGCUCCAUAAGGGAGCGUUUUCCUGUGCCGAGAAGCUCGCCAAAGGAGAGCCCACUGAUCGGUAUGUGUCAUACUGCAUGACAUUUGUGGACAUGCUGUUGUCCUUUGAUGUGAACCCCAUUCUGGUGUUCGAUGGUUGCAAUCUGCCGUCCAAACAAGACGUUGAAAAGUCUCGCAGGGAGCGUCGACAAGCUAAUCUCCAGAAAGGCAAGCAGCUGCUCCGUGAGGGGAAGGUAUCUGAGGCCAGGGACUGCUUCACACGCUGUAUCAACAUCACCCCCUCCAUGGCCCAUGAUGUCAUCAAGGCUGCAAGGACCAGAGGGGUGGACUGUAUUGUAGCUCCAUAUGAGGCCGAUGCCCAGCUAGCUUUUCUUAGCAAGUCUGGCAUUGCCCAAGCUGUCAUCACAGAGGACUCUGACCUGUUGGCAUUUGGAUGUAAAAAGGUUAUCCUAAAGAUGGACAAGCAGGGCAAUGGUGUGGAGGUAGACCAAAGCCACCUGGGUCGCUGUCGUUCUCUCGGGGAUGUUUUUACAGAGGAGAAGUUUCGCUAUAUGUGUAUCCUCUCUGGCUGCGACUACUUGGCCUCUCUGUAUGGCAUUGGUGUGGGCAAGGCCUGUAAGCUCAUCAGGAUGGCUAAUAACCCUGACAUACUUAAGGUGAUCAAGAACAUGGGCCGGUACCUGAAGAUGAACGUGGUGGUGCCAGAGGAGUACAUCCAAGGCUUCGUCAGGGCCAACAACACCUUCCUUUACCAGCUGGUGUUUGACCCUGUCAGAAGGAAGGUGGUGCCACUCAACCCGUACCCGGAACACAUUGACCCGGCCACACUUGACUACGCUGGGCAUAACAUAGGAGAUGAAAAAGGCCUGCAGAUAGCCCUGGGUAACCUGGACAUCAACACCAUGGCAAAGCUGGAUGACUUCAGCCCAGACAAACCUGUUACAUGGCCAGCUAAACCCCUCAAAUCCUCACGCACACCCAGCAUUUGGAGACGGGGCUACACACCGCUCUCUGUUACCACAGCCCAGCCUGCUGCAGGCGCCCCAGAAAAGGGUUCCUCCAACAGGGGGCGGGAGAGAGACGUGAGCCUGAAGGGCCUGCAGCUGCCCAGCAGAGAACUACAAGUCAAAAGGCCCAGAGAAGAUUCUGGUAUAUCAGACCAGGAGGUGUUGCAGCUGUACUGUACUCCCGGUAAGAAGAGAGCCAGAUCAGAAGAGCUGGCUGCCCCCACAGACACUCCCACUAAUAGCAGGCCAUCUGGAACCGGUCCGCCGAGACCAAGAAACCGCUUCGCUACUUUACUGCAGAGACGCAACCAGAGCACAGAGGAAGAGGACCAGGGCACCUGCAGCAGGUUCUUCAGCAGCUCCUGUGAGGUCAUCACUUCAAGUAUCAAAGAGUCCUCGGAGAAGGAGAAUUUGUCUCCGGUUCUGGCUAAGGAGAAGUCUCCUCCAAAGCAAGUCCUUUCUGAUGCAAUCGGUGUUACCACCACUGCUGGGGAUAGCACCCAGGUGUGUGAGAGCGACUUGCCUGAGCAUCCCUUCCUGGACAUCCCCAGCCCUCCACCAUCCCUCUCUGACCCCCAGCCGCCCAGUGAGAGCCCCGGGGCCUUCCACUGGUCAGACGUCACACCCUUCACGUUACAGCCCCUUUCAGGCCUCUCCACUCUCCAGCGGUUCAAAUGGGAGAAAGGGAGCAUCCGCCAGAACGCCAAGAGUCAGGAGGCCCUCGGAGGCCUAUUAAACCGCACGCCAGCCAAUACUGACGUGGAAUCAGAAAACGCAGACACGCUUCCGGACUCACCCCCGUCUCAGGACAGCGCCUACUUCUCCCAGUCACAGGCUGACCUCACAUCCUGCUCCCCUUCCUCCCCCAUGUCACCAGCCCACCUGGAGGAUGCCGAGUCUGAGAUGACCGCUGAUAAAGAUUCAGACCCAGACCAGGGUCCAACACACCCACCAGAGGUUGAGAAGAAACCCAGUCUUGUGAGAUCUAAGGUGGCAGGUCUACCCAGGCUCAAGCCAGGUGAUCGGGCAAAGGUGAGAAAGAUCCAGCCUGUGACCCCAGCCAGGGCCAGUGGACUGAGGAGGACGCAAUCAGGGACCGGCAGGAAAGCCGUAUCCAGAAAGGAGAACGACCCCUGCCCUCAAACCACCAUCAGCAGCCUGUGGAAGAACUUUGGCUACAAAAAAGAGAAUCCUAAACUUCUAUCAAGCCAGGACAGCCAGUGUUCUGAGUGA